GCGAUGUUUGACGGUUAAGCGCUCCUGCAGAAAAAGGACUUGACACACAUGUCAACAAAUAAGAUAAAUUAAUACUAGCUAGCAACACAGGCAUGCCAAGGUGUGCCAGUGUAGAAUAGGCUGACCCCUCGCUGCACCUAUAGGUCCUCUGCUGUCUCCAUGACCACCCCUCCCAUAGUGGCGUUCGCCGGGCAGCAGGCUCAGGCUGCCCGCGAUGUCAACACGGCGUCGCUUUGUCGCAUCGGCCAGGAGACGGUGCAGGAUAUCGUCUUACGCACCAUGGAGAUCUUCCAGCUGUUGAGGAACAUGCAGCUGCCAAAUGGAGUGACGUACCACCCCAGCACCCACCAGGACAGGCUAGGCAAACURCAGGAGCACCUGCGUAUGCUCUCUGUACUCUUCCGCAAGCUGCGCCUCGUCUACGACAAAUGCAACGAAAACUGCACCGGUCUGGACACCGUACCCCCAGAGCAACUCAUCCCCUACGUGGAGGACGACAGCUCCAAACACGAUGAACGCUUGGCCAGCCAGGCCCGCCCGGCAACAGAGGAGAGGAGAGAAAUCCUGGAGGUUAACAAGAAGCUCAAACAGAAGAACCAACAGCUGAAGCAGAUAAUGGACCAGCUCAGAAACCUCAUCUGGGAGAUAAACUCCAUGCUGGCUGUUAGGAGUUGAACGGA